GCCGGGAGAACUCACCAAUGGGGAGCUCUGAGAGGCGGACCUACAGCGCCAGCAGCUAGAGGAAGACCAGCAAAUUUCAAGUUGGCUGCGAUGUGAGCUCUGCGUGGGGGAGGGGCAGCAGGUUUUUCUCACUGGAUCACUGAAUACUCAGGCCCCCUCCACCAUGGCCAGUCGGGGUGGGGGCCGGGGUCGUGGCCGGGGCCAGCUGACCUUCAACAUGGAGGCUGUGGGCAUUGGGAAGGGGGAUGCUCUGCCCCCACCCACCCUGCAGCCUUCUCCACUCUUCCCUCCCUUGGAGUUCCGCCCAGUGCCCCUGCCCUCAGGAGAGGAAGGGGAGUAUGUCCUGGCGCUGAAGCAGGAGCUGCGAGGGGCCAUGAGGCAGCUCCCCUACUUCAUCCGGCCAGCUGUCCCCAAGAGAGAUGUGGAGCGUUACUCAGACAAAUAUCAGAUGUCAGGGCCGAUUGACAAUGCCAUCGAUUGGAACCCUGAUUGGCGACGUUUACCCAGGGAGCUAAAGAUCCGAGUGCGGAAGCUACAAAAGGAACGGACCACCAUCCUGAUUCCCAAGAGGCCCCCUAAGAACACAGAAGAUAAGGAAGAAACAAUACAGAAACUAGAGACCCUGGAGAAAAAGGAGGAAGAAGUGACUUCAGAGGAAGAUGAGGAGAAAGAAGAAGAAGAAGAGAAGGAAGAGGAAGAAGAAGAGGAGUAUGAUGAAGAAGAACAUGAAGAGGAAACUGAUUACAUCAUGUCGUAUUUUGACAAUGGAGAGGACUUUGGGGGUGACAGUGAUGACAAUAUGGAUGAGGCUAUAUACUGACAAAGGACCCUGAACAGCACCCUGGACCUUUGGAUCUUUUUGGUUUAAGAUACAGAGAGUAACUGUCCCUAUUAUUUGGUUUUGUGGGCAGGCAAAUCAUUUGCUUAGAGCCCAGAUAAACUGUUUGGCCCUGGAGAUAGGAAUGGACAGUGAUGACAGAUAGCUCCCUUAAAGGGCCAAGGACCAAUGUCUUAAUUGUAUGAAAGAAAGAAAGAAGGGUCAAAGAAAUACUGGAGUUGUUAGAGCUGAGAGAGCUGUACAUAAGCCCCCACCCACUUUUUUAUAGUGAAAGAUAAUUGGGGGUGUGUGCAGUUAGGAGGAGUAAGGCCAGCUUUAUAUUUUUAAAUAAAAUGUUUUUAUCUGCC